GUAGCAGUAGUAGUAGCUUGUCAAGCGACGAUCAUCUUGUCUAUCGCUGUUGACUAUAAUGAGCAAGGAGAGUUUGAGUAGUAGUAGUAGUAGUAGUAGUACUAGUACUGGUAGUAGUAGUGGUAGAAGCAGUAGUAGUAGCUUAAUUAUCACCAUUUUCAAGACGACCCGUCCUUUCGUUAAACCCAAUCUUGACAAUGGCGAUCUUCGUUCCGUCCAACAACCUGUGACUGUUUGAGCUUGUAUCAAUCACUGAGAAAAUCCCAAUGGGUUUUACCGCGGAACCAUCAAAGAGUCUGGCAAGGGAUCACGGUGUUCGGCCCCUUUCAACCAUCUCUGGGGAAGGCUCUCCAAACCGAAUCAUGUUCAAGGAGAUGAAGCGCCACCGGAAGAGCUGAACUCAUCGUGGGAAACCCAUUUCAGGCAGUGGAUCUUGGGUACAAAACUCCAAAUCUGCUGGCCCCAAGUUGUGUGUGCCCUGUCGACGUCGCUUUGUGUCGCUGUUGUGAUCUGACACCUUUGGCUGGAGUGUCAACCUGGGUGAUGUCUGAUUGCAUUAUCAUUUCCCUCAAAACACACAAAUCGGGACCCGAGAGAUGUCUCCCUCAAUUGGUUAAUCUUCGCACCCAAUACGAUCUCGCUCAUUGGGAGGUGGUGGUCUUUCUUUCUCUCUCUGUCUUUUCUUGAUAGGUAGGAGCUUUUUGAACUCCGAAGCUCAACAGUCAGUUAGCAAAGGGAGAGCAAAGAGGAAAGGAGGAAGGCGAGGGAAAAUAUCAAGGAAAUCCACUCGUCUCGAUCGUUGGACUCCAACGCUCAUUAUCCACUGGAAGUGACGAAAAUAAAGUUCGACCCGAGGCAGGGCUGCUUGUGUGGAGUCUUUUGGAACGCCAAUUCUCCAUUGGACAUCAUCCCAAAUACAAAUAAAGACCAUGAAGCCCACUAUCAUAGCCAUGGCAUUGUUACUCGUGUCAGUAGUGCAGAACUCAUCAACGGCCAAUAUCUCACAGAAGCUUUCUCGCUCCCAUUUCCAGUUCUCAGUGGAUCUCUUUAAGGCACUGGUCCACCAAGAUGAGAACUCGGGUACAAAUCUCCUGUUUUCGCCCUACAGUGUGAACUCAGUAUUAUCCAUGCUCUUCUUGGGAACAAGCUCCUCAUCCAAGUCAUCUGAGGAGUUGCGAGCAGUGCUUCAUUAUGAAAACAUGUCCUACGUGGACGUUCAUAAUGCGUUCAAAGAGAUUGUGAAUGUGUUUGAUGACAACUAUUAUGAUAAAAAAGUUCGCAGUGUUAAUGGGCUAUUUGUCCAGGAUGGAGUAACCAUAUCCUCACCUUAUGAUCGGGCUCUCCGAGAGUUCUACCAUGCCAAAGUGGAACACAUUGAUUUCCGAAACGCCGACCCGUCCCAAACUAUGGGCAUUGUGAAUGACUGGAUCAACGAUGUAACCGAAGGACAGAUCCCUCAAUUACUCAAUGGUCCUCCGAGCAAAGACUCCAAGUUGCUGAUGGUCAAUGCCAUGGCAUUAAAUGCUAAAUGGCUGAACUCUUUCAGCCCGGCCGACACUUUCAAUAAGGGUCUUUAUUUUCUGCCCGGCAAUCAAAGAUUGGAAAUACCGAUGAUGUCUGGGAGGCACACUUUGCCCUUGGGCUACAGCCCCGAAAUGGAAUGCCGAAUUCUUGAGAUUCCAUUCACACAACGAAGAAUCUCAAUGUUUGUUCUCUUACCGGAUGAUACAGAAGGACUAAACCGAUUGGAGGCGAACUUGACGGCCGACAGUCUCAAGUUGCUUUUCUCCACGCUUAAGGAUGAAGUGGUUAAUGUUCGACUUCCGAGGUUUCGUUUGGAGAGUGAGGUCAAGAUUCUGGAUGCUUUGGAAAACAUCGGACUGUCGGAUAUUUUCAACCCUCAAAACUCAGAUUUGAGCUUAAUGGCUCCAUAUGAACAAAUUCAUCUCUCCAAUAUCGCACACAAAUCCGUCUUGGAGGUGACAGAAAAUGGCGCCAAAGGCUCGUCCGCCACCUAUGCUUCGUUAGAACGUGUGGGUACAUUCGGACAGAAGUAUUUUGAAGUCGAUCACCCGUUCAUCUUUUUGGUGUGGGACUACUACAGUGGGAUGCUGUUGUUAAUGGGCAGGGUCAUCCAUCCCGAAUCCAUAGGGGAUGGCGCCGAAUCGAAAUGAGAAGAAGUGGAAGAAAGUGGAUGGAUGGGUGGUGAAUGAGUGGACGGCGACCAGAC